UCAGAUGUCGGAAAUUGUUACACAUUAAUUUUUCUUGUCGUAAUGUCACGAAAGUUUAAAAUGUGGCUAAAAGAGUUAUUCUUAAUUUUGUCGUCGAUAUUCUUUUCAGUAUUUAUCCUUCCUAUUCUCUUAGUUUUAGUUGUGUUUCCGCUUUACGCCUACCGAAGAAUUGUCAUCAUUUUGGCUACAAAUUUAAAACCAGGAUUUCACACUGUUGUAAAUUUGGAUAGUUGUCUCGUCGUCUGUGACGACAUCCACGGUCGACCAAGGAAUUCGUUUUGUUGCGUACUUCAUCUUAAAGGAGAACCACUAUAUGAAGAUAUUGUGGGUAGAGUGGAAAAAGUGCUGGAUGGGCGUCCCGAACUCACCUGUUCUUUAACCAGAUGGUUAUCUGUCUACUUCUGGGAAAAAUGCAAAAAUUUCUCCAUUUCAAAUCACAUCUCACAAAACGAAGAAUCCGACCCCGACAAACUUUCUGACUUCUUGGUGAACAUGAUUGAGAAGGGAUAUCCGACUGGAAAUCCUCUCUGGGAGCUUAUCUACUUCCCAAACUACGCCCAUCCCAAAUACGGUACUACAUCCGCCGUCCUCCUCAGAAUCCAUCACGUUCUCGGUGACGGGAUGGCGUAUAUGGCGCUAUUACGUGACAUAUUUGACCCAAACCCAACAGUGGAUCAGGAAAUUGAAAACAUUCUAAAAACACAGCGAACAAAAUUGAAAAUUUCUACAUGGAAAAAAUUGUGUUACUUGACCGAACUAAUUUUUGCUACGCCAAGCCAAACUGUGCACUAUUAUCUGAAAGGGUUCUAUUCUCAAGUGGUACCGAUGAACCAAAGUAAUUCGGGUGUCUCUGGUGUCACACACUUCACCAUGUUGAUGGACAUUUCCCUGAUAAAACGCAUCUCGAAAAAGACUGGGGUCAAGGUGACCUCCAUUAUCCAUGCCGGCGUUACAGGGGCAAUGCGAAGGCUGAUAUUGGAAAAGGGGGGACGAGCAGAUGGGGAUUUAUCCACGUUUUACGUCCUCCCAAAAAUGAACCAUCCAGGAACAAUGACCAAUAACAGUUUUGCGAUACCACUCAUCUCUCCAAUGACCCCGGAACCAUCUCAGGCUGCCCGUCUUGCCAGGAUUUCUGACCAAUUUGACCGCAUCCUCUUCUCACCCCUGCCCCUCGGCAUGAUGGGCAUGACCGGUCUGACGGGUUUGGUGUGCGGCACGUUGAUCGCGAAACCCUGGCGUGUACCGCAUGUCGCGAGUUGUGUGCACUCAAACGUCGUCUUUGUCGGGGAGCCGUUAAGAUUGUUUGGUCACGUGGCGGAGACCCUCAUCCUUUACACUGGUUUGCAGCCAGGAGGACAUCACCUCUUCGUCGCGACGAUCAGUUAUAAUGGGAAACUUAUGAUUCAACUGCUCGGAAGUAGAGCGGCCUUUCCAGAACGGGAUGAUGUAGUGAAGUUUGCGGAUUACGUGAGGGAAGAAUUUGAGAUGUUAGAGAUGGAUGGAAAUGCGGAAAAUUGUGAUAUCAGGCAAGUUCAGGAAGAGGAUAAGAAAAAUGCGUAGCGAAAAUUGUAGUCAGUUACACAGGUACUUGUACAGGUAAUUAGUUGAAGUGAAUGUUAUAGAGAAUUUAAAGGACAGUUAGCUAUGUAUAUACAGUAUAAGUAUGUAGUUACGCAUUUAUGAUAAAUUCUUCUUUUGAAAAUGGGUAUAAAUUCAGCCACCAUUGGCCAGGAAUACUAGUUAAAUGGUUAUAAGGUUAAAUUUUAAUGGGGAUUUGUUGUGUUUAUGAUUUAUAAUCAGUAAUUUUAUUCUUCAAUAUCAUAGAUAUUCGUGAAAAUUUUGAGUAAAUAACAUAUAUGUAAAUAAGUAUACUUAUUUAUACAAAACAUUUGCUAAACUUGGUUACCAGCAUUUAUUGUUACCCUUGCAUGGUUAUAUUUAUGACAUCGUGUAACACUACUGUCAAGCCAGGAUUAGUUUUUAUUAAUUGACAUUUUAUUUAAAUUUUUUAGUCGUGAACAUUUUUAAAAGUUUUUUUUGAUUAUGUAUUUAUAUACGAAAUAUGAAAUAUGGAUAUAUGAAAUUGAUUUCCCUAAAACUAUGGUAUGAUCGUAGUUAACAAAACUUUAAAUAUCUACAUAUGUAUGUAUGUAUGUAUACCUACAUAUGUACACUGAUAUUUAUGUAAAGUUAAGCCUUCAAAUAUGUACAUAUCUACUAAUCCAUCCCCAUAAUUUAUAUUAAAUUAACCAUUUCCGCCCUGAUUGGAAUUAUAUUUCGUAAGAUGACCACUUGUCAACAAAUACGUAACCCAAUCUGGUUGGAUUAAGCUAAAUAAUUUCGUGGAAAAUAAAACACAACUUAAUUUUCAAAUAAUA